ACAAAUAAAAAAACUAAAAAACGUAAAUAAUGAUUGUCAUUAUUCAUUAUUAGGCCAACUUGUCAUAAUAGUUAGUGCCCAUACGAAAAAUACAUCUAUCCAACUAACCCUCUCCUCCUCCAUUUCUACUUUGUUUUUUGUUUUCCCACUUCUCUCAAGCCUCGACGACCAAAAUUUUUCUUUCUACAAAUACUUUGACUUAAGAGUUGCAGAAAUAUCAAGUUAAAAAAAAAACAGAAGGAGAAAUGGCAAUAAGUUUUAGAACUCUAGCUCUUUUGACCCUCUCGGUGUUACUAAUUUCCAUAUCUCUCGGCGUCGUCACAGCAACAGAGUCGCAGAGGAAUGAAGGGGAGGUGCUUACAAUGUACGAGCAAUGGCUUGUAGAGAAUGGGAAGAACUAUAACGGUCUUGGAGAGAAGGAGAGACGGUUCAAGAUCUUCAAAGACAACUUGAAGCGCAUCGAAGAACACAAUUCAGAUCCAAACCGGAGUUAUGAACGCGGGUUGAACAAGUUUUCGGAUCUAACGGCUGAUGAGUUUCAAGCUAGUUACUUAGGUGGGAAGAUGGAAAAGAAAAGCCUAUCAGAUGUAGCGGAGAGGUAUCAGUACAAAGAAGGAGAUGUUUUACCUGAUGAAGUUGAUUGGAGGGAGAGAGGAGCAGUUGUUCCAAGAGUCAAAAGACAAGGAGAGUGUGGAAGUUGUUGGGCGUUUGCCGCGACUGGAGCGGUGGAAGGUAUAAACCAGAUCACAACCGGAGAAUUAGUAUCUUUAUCGGAACAAGAACUCAUUGACUGCGAUAGAGGGAACGACAACUUUGGAUGUGCUGGUGGUGGAGCAGUAUGGGCCUUUGAGUUCAUUAAGGAGAACGGUGGUAUUGUAUCCGAUGAAGUUUAUGGUUAUACCGGUGAAGAUACUGCCGCAUGCAAGGCCAUUGAGAUGAAAACCACUCGGGUUGUUACCAUUAAUGGUCAUGAGGUUGUUCCUGUAAACGAUGAGAUGUCUUUGAAGAAAGCUGUUGCUUAUCAACCUAUUAGUGUUAUGAUAUCAGCUGCAAACAUGAGCGACUACAAAUCUGGUGUGUAUAAAGGAGCAUGUAGUAAUUUGUGGGGAGAUCACAAUGUGCUAAUUGUGGGGUAUGGAACAUCAUCAGAUGAAGGAGACUACUGGCUUAUUCGUAAUUCUUGGGGACCAGAGUGGGGAGAAGGCGGGUACCUUAGGCUUCAACGUAACUUCCAUGAACCAACCGGGAAAUGUGCAGUCGCUGUAGCUCCUGUAUACCCAAUCAAGUCGAACUCUUCAUCUCAUUUGUUGUCUCCAAGUGUGUUUAAAUUGGUUGUUUUAUUUGUUUUUCAGUUGAUUAGUUUGGCCUUGCUUUGAAAUAUACUUUUAUCGGUGUUCAAGUUCGUUGGUUUUUGGUUUAAUAAAGGAAACAAGAUUCGUCGCAAA